GCACAAUUAGCACAGUGGAAUGCGAAAUGGGGAGAAGGCGCACGAGUCACGCAAGAAAUGGGAUACCCGUUGAAACCAGGUACAGCGGCUAUUGCAUCCAGUGAAUGCUUUGCUUGUGGAACCCAUGGGCAUAACGGACGAAACUGCCCGUUACCAUCGGACCACACAGAACGUUUAACACGCAGAGAAUCAGCAUGGAGAGCGAUCACGAGCAAGGUGCUAGGCGCAUACAACAGAGCAACAGCAACACCAAUCUCGCUCGUUAUGAACAGCAAGUAUGAGGAGACGCAAGCCUGGAUUGAAGAAAUCCCAGAACAGCAGGGAAAAGUGGAUGGGUCGACGUAG